GAAUUUGUUUAAAAUAGAAACAUAUAAACUUAAAUAAAUUUAAAUUUCACUGAAAUUAACCACAAAAAAAAUUUAUAAAAAUUAAAAAUUACAAAAAAAAACUUUUUAUUUUAAACCCAAAGAUUUUACCUCAGAUGUGAAGUGAAAAAGAGCGUGAAAGCCAAACAAAAUUUUGAAAAACAAAAUUAAAUUCUGAAUGAUUGAAUUUAAAUGUGACUAAUUUUUUAUGGAAAAAAAAAUUAGGUGUUCCAAAACGCAGCGCAUCCAAUGAAAUGUGCUAAAUAUACACCAAACCCAAUUUGUUUAAUAACGGCAUAAUUCUAUCACAUAAGCCCCCCCUUUAACUAGUUAGAAAAGACAUUAUAAACAGCAAACAUUUUGCCCUCAUUCGCACAACUAAAAAUGCUCAAUAUGGAGUCACCACAGAUGUACGACACCGUGCAGACACUCUCCCAGUUGGACCUCAAAAAGCAGCCACCGCCCCAACAGGCGAUCAUCGGCCAGAUCACACUGACCGCCAUGUCGAGCGGCCAGCAACAGAACAACAACAAUGCAAACAACAUUAACAACCCCAAUAGCAAUCCCAACAACAACGGCACAGAUGCCAACAACAACAACAAUAAUUUGGCUGCUGCAGCUGCCGUUGCUGCACAACAACAGAACGCUGGGCUGGUGGUCAAACAGCAUGCAGUGCAUCAAAUGCAGCACGCAGCCGCCGCACUGAACAACAACAAUAAUGCCUCCGCCAUUAACGCCAAUGUGAAUAACGUGAACAAUUUACUGCAGAAGCAAAUGCUACAGCAAUACACGCAAUCCGAUCUGGACGAAUUGACCGCGCAGGAGAUCACUUUGGACCUACAACACCUGAUCGACGAUCAGUUUCGCGAGCAGGAGGGUUUGGGCAUCUUCAGCGACAUGGUUACAAGUCCAGGUGGCUUAUCGGCAACACUACCGCCCAACGGUAUGGUUAGCGCCGCGGCAAAGGUAUUGCAACAACAUCAACUGCAACAACAAUCGUUGCGCACACAACAACACAACUACGGACGCAGCGCACUGGCCUACAUGCCGCAAGCAGUGCACUCGGGCGCGGCGUACAGCAACAAUUCAAGCGAUGAGAACUCCUCGGUGGGUUCGGACUCGUCCACCAUCAAAGAGGAACCCAUUGACCCGGAAUAUCGCCGUCACCUACAGGAAACAAAUGUCAACAAUGCAGCAGCCGCCGCCUUCAUAACAAACAGUGGCGCCAACGGGCUCUACAAUCCCUAUCAGACAGCCGCCAACAAUGGCCAGAUCAAUAACGGUGGCAUGAGCAAUGGCGUCGGCGGCACAGCGCCCAACUUCACAAACCUCACCUCGGCCAAUGUGUUGGCACAUCACUCCGUCAAUUUGCCGCAUCUGGCCGCAGGCGCGCACCUACUUAAACACCACAACAAACAGCUACACCAUCAACGCAAGUCCUCGCUGAAACAUGUCGACAAGGGCAGUGACGAGUAUCGACGUAGACGCGAACGCAACAACAUAGCCGUGCGUAAGUCACGCGAAAAGGCCAAGGUACGCUCGCGCGAAGUGGAGGAGCGCGUCAAAACGCUGCUCAAGGAGAAGGAUGCGCUCUUGCGUCAACUGCAGGAAAUGACCAAUGAAAUACAGUUACACAAACAGAUCUACAUGCAGCUAAUGAAUCAUGCGAAUCCGGAAGUGAGUCGCGUGUGCCGCAGUUUCCUCAACACCAACGAUCAUGGGCUUUAGAAGCGGCAGGACAACAACGGCACGAGCGCAACCGCGUGAAUCCAGCCAACAGCUAUCGGCGUACGUGCGUUUGCGUGCGUGAUCUGCGCUUUUUGAUAUAUGAUUUGUAAAUAAGUUUAAUGUGUGUGUGUGUGUGUGUUGAGGUAGCUUUAUAUGUGUGUAUAUGCCUAAGUGUGUAUGUUGCGAGUAUUAGUAAAAUUUUUUCGAGAAGCAAACCUUAUCGCUGUGGGCUUAUGAAAUAUGAAAUUAAAUUAUAUUAAGAUCUAAGUUCUUUUUAUACAAACUAUGCAAAGUGUAUGUAAAUUGUAAUGUAAAUAAUCUAAAGAGAGAGUCGAAAUAGAGGCAUUCCUCAAAAACCUGAAUAUAUUUGUAUGUGUAUUUAAAUUAAUUUGUAAAACAAUUCUUUUUUUAAUAUAACUUAUUUGAUAUAUACUGGAAAAUGUUCAAAAUUAAUUUAAAGCAGGCGGAAUAAUGCAAGUUACACAAAAGGGUACAGAAGUGUUACCAAUAUAAGAGAGAGUGCAUAUUUUAGUAGUUAUUAGAAAAAUUAAAAAAGAGUGGCGUGGUUGACUGCGGAGUAUGUACGGAAUUUGGAAUUUAAAAACUGUGAUAAUCUGUAUAUAGAACAACACAGCGAAGGAGAGGUGAAUUUUUCCUCAGAAGUCUUGCGUCACCACAACUCAUUGUUUGUAUUUUAUAGGGACUCCAAAAUAUUUUAUGUGUUCAGAUAACCGUGCUAAGAUGAGAUUUUGGGAAUUUUUUUAAAGUAAUUCAAAUGAAGAAACAUGAAAUAAUUCAAAAUUACUUGGAAAUCUGUAGAGUUGUACUUAAUGCUGUACAAAUAUUUUAUAUUUUCCAAGAACUUAUAUUUCAUUCUAGAAACUACUAGAAGAAUCUAAAACAACGCAAUGAAAAUUUACCAUUUCUGAUAAACAUUAUUGACUUUGUAAGGCGAAUGGAUGGACAAUAUCACGUAAAGACAUUAAGACAAUACCCGUUUCAACUUUUAUUUAAAAAUUAAGGAUUCCAAUGAAAUAUUACUUUCUGGUUUGAGUUGUUGCCGAUGACUUAAGAUAACUAUAAAAGUUAACAUAUUGAACCAGUUAAAUGCCGAAAAAUAUGCCGAGAACAAGGUUGUAAGCUCUCUAUAAAACAAAACUAUCAAAUCCCUGCUAUGUAUGAACUUCUUUUGAGGUAAUCUGAAAUCCCUUCCACAUAUGAACUUCUUUUGAGGUUAACUGCAAACUGAGAAUGCAAAUGACAAUAAAUUAUAGAAAAAAACUACUUAAAUUAAAAUAAAAAUUAAAAAAUGUGCUCGCAGCAGCUUGUUGAACUUUGCAGUGCUUUAUCGCUUAAUUAAUUUCAAAAACUUCUUAUGUAAAUGUUUACUCAAAGGUUUGUACUUAUGUAAAAAAUAUAUAUAUAUAUAUAUAUUUAAGCAUAGAACUUUAGCUUUCCUUGCAAUU